CACUAAGGAGCGCCAGUGGGAGUCAUCCAGCACGGAGCGACUGCAGCCAGUGUUUGAGUGAGUAUGGACGAGGAGCAAGAGGAGAUGGAGAGGCUGAACCAGCUUAUCCAACGUACGUACGCAACACGCAGUUGCACGACUGUCUGUCUGUCUGUAUGUCAUCUGUAUGUGUUGACAGAUGAGAGUGAGGAUGUGCUGACAUUCGCUCAAGUGGAGGAGCCGCCCGAAGGGGCGCCUGCUGACCAGGGAAGCCAGGAGGAUAUCUAUGGUGACUUCGGAGAGUACGAUGACGCCUUCCUCGGCAUCGACACACCGCAGUACGUCCCCGCCCCUCCUGCUGAAGCCAUCGGCGAGCCGGCAGGAUCUGACGACCAGGCGGCGGAUGCCGCACCAGGGCGUGCACCGUCCGAUGCACCACCACCAUCAGCAGCAGCAGGAUCAGAGGGUGUGAGUCAUGCCCCUGCAGCGGCAGGCGACGAGGAGGACGACAACACGGGAGGAGUCAUGUUGGGGCUGGAGGGGACGAUGCAGGACUUCCUCCAACACAGGGAACAUGACGCGCCUGCAGCGGCAGCGGCAGCAGCAGCAGCAGGGUCGGGUGUGGGGGGGAUUGGUGUGGCCCCUCGGCUGACGAGGAAGGACUCGAGUCUCACACACCCAGCCGAGCAGCCCAGCGAAUACGCCGAGAAGGCUAGACAGGUCAGUCGGUCGGUGGGUGGGUGAGGUGGUGAGGGGGUGGCUCGGGAGGGACGCCGGGGAAGGAAGAAAGGAGGGCACGCACCAUGGCAUGGCAAGGGAGGGAGGGACAUACAUACUAUGUGUUGUUGGUUUGUCAUGGUGUGUGUGUAGGUGGUGUUGGUUAUGGAUGCGAAUAACGACAAGCCGUGGCGCCAGUCGGGCCAUGACGUGUCGGCAUGGUUCAACUACGAAUUCAACGAAUACUCUUUCAGGGUCAGCCACACACCCCGCCAGCCAGCCAGCCCAACAGGACAGACACGCUAUUAUAUCGACGUGUGCCGUCAACUUCGUCUGUGUGUGAUCGAUUGGUGUGUGUAUUUACUAAUCGCAUUUGUUGCUGGUUUCCUUCCCCAGGAGUACAUCUACCGUCAGAUUGAGCAGCGGUAUCAGCGCAUCGAGAACCGCCAGAUGGACAUGCGGGAAGACGAACCAUUCGCCCCGCCUUUCCAAGGUAGGUAGGGACACAUGUAGAUAUCAAUCACACACACGACCGCUAUGUGUCAACCAACCUCGCACGAUGGAGGCAUCUAGUGGUGCGUCAUUCAUCGGUUGGUUCCCUUGUGUGUGUCUGAUCAGGCCACGCCCCUCAGUUGCGUCCCCCACCUCCUCCCCCGCCGUACCCCCCACCCGACGCUGCUGAUGGAGGGGGCGAUUACAAGAGACGAAGACUCGCAUGACCCACUCACCUCCUGUGUGGGUGCUGCCUAGUAUAUGGGUGCAUUGCAUCCAUGAACCAACAUGGGCGAAAUGAUCGCUCGUCGGACAUCCAUGCCAUACCGGUGUGUAAGUGGUUGCGUCCGUGCUGUGCUGUGCUAUGGACUGGUGUACGUACGUAGACUGGAGGAGGGAGGGAGGAGGGACAUGCUCUGUGUUGGCGGACCGGACACAGCUUGGUGCUCAACCACUAGCCGAU